UGAGCUUAGAAUGUCUGCCACUUUAGUCAGCCUCCACUCCCUUCCACCUCUGUACCAAUGCCCCACAUGUACAUGGUUGCAGGGUGGUGAGAUUUUAAUAUGGCUAGGAUCUGGAGAUGUUCAAAACAAAAUUCCAUGUCUAUAAAAAUGGGGUGCUUAGCAGAAGUCAUAGGUAUGGCUGGUUUAGAUUGAGUGGCAAAAGGUCUAGGUUUUGCUUUGCUGUUGCAAUGACCUGCACUUUGAACUAACACAAAAUUAUACAUGUAAACAUACAGUUUUGCAAUGUGGUUGUUCGCAAUCUUAUUACUUGAUAAUUGUCUAAAUAUCCAACCUGCAUUUUUGUAUUAUGCUCUAGUUGUUUGCACAAUUCAAUUAUUUAGAUACAGUUUGAGUGGACAAGUUCUGUCUUGUCACACCUGAUGCUAAGAAGGCAAGUGCUAGUUUGCAGAGGAAUUCUUGAGCAGCUGAAAUACAAUGAUGUAAUUUGGAACUUUGUCAGUAGAGGCAAAAAUUAUGCAUAUGCAGUCUUAGUUUAAUCUUCUGAUAAUGUGAACAUGGAAUCCCUUGAAAAAUGCAAGGUAACACAGUAUUUAGCUAGCAACUGCAAAAAUGUUAAAAUAUGUAGUGUUGUUGCGGUGUUUGCCACACACCUGAUAAAUCUGAAACUUGAGGAACAACUGUGAAAAAUUCGUUUUUAAUGUGUGCAUGGAGUUCUGCACCUGAAUGUGUUUUGUUUUUCUCUGCCAGAAAUCAGGAUCACAUGUUAACUAACAGCUGUAAGGAUAAAGUGGACUGCACAGUGAGAUUUGGAGGUACAUGAGAUUAUUCCUGUCUUGGAAUUUUGGAAGUUCAGACUAUUCUAGUUUGUCCAUAGACUUAUUUAUUUUUUAAAAUUCUGUAAGUAUUUUAUAUGCACUUAAUCUUUCUCAGAUUCUUGUAGGUCCUUUCCCAUAGGUGAACCCUUACUUGCCUGUAAUCCCUAAGGAAUCUAGUGACUUCUUUAAAGCCUUUCAUUAAGCACUAGUUAGGAGUUCUGUGUUCAGUUUUGGUGGUUUUUUUUUUCAUGUACACAAGCGAUCUGCCUAUGGUUAAUAGGACUUGGUAUCUGAGUGCUACUGUCUCAUGAACAUGUUUCAUCUUUCCAGAUUUCAAAAGCUUGUAUAGAAUAUCUAGGAUAAGCACCUAUAGUAAAAAAUGAUACAUGCGUAUUAAAUAAAAGCAGAAGAGGUUCUUAUUUCUGACCCAUAGCAUGGCUCAACUCACCACUGUGAAGCUCUCUUCUCCUAUUAGAACCAGAGUAGCUGCCUCAAGGCUAUUUUUUGGGAGCAGCCUGUGACAUAUGAUCCCCAUGGCAAUGCCAAGCAGCAUUUGGGAGAGGUUAAAUUGCAUGGGUGAAAAUCCAGCUGAAAAGUGUGCUGGUUGUGAAAUGCUAUGGGGUAAUCACUGUGUUCUCUCCGUUCUAUUUACUUGCAAAAUAUGGCCAUAUAAAGGAAUCUGGCAAUAUCAAGCCUGGUAACACUUAAGGAUGCCAUACAUAAAAGUUGAAUUCUCAAGAUGGUAUGUGGCUAACUGCUUUUAUUAAAUGAGCAUUUAAUUUGUAUUAAAGUAUCCUUAUCAAGAAUAUCAAUGCUUCAUCAUGACUGCUCUAGUAUUUUGGGAGUUUUCAAUUUAAAUGUAUAUAGCAGAAUUUUAACCUUAUCUUGUUUGUGAACAUCAUAGGAGUUGGCAUUUUCAGUUUCUUACUGAAUAAUAAUUGACUUACUGAAUAGGUAAAGUCUGCUACUGUUUGUGAAGGAGAAUUGGGGAAGAAAAAAAAUCUGGUUAGAUACUGCUGAGGGAAUGACUGAGUCAUGAGGUAUAAAGCCACUUAAAUGGUACUGUGUGAUACAGUGGGAAGAGAUUUGGGUAUUUCCUGCAUGCAGGUACUGAGCGUGAAGGUAGUUGAAGUUCAGCUGGUAUGUCAGCAUUGACAGCUUUACUCCCUUUUGGAAAGAAUGGCUUAAGGUGUAACUUCUUUUCCAUAGCGGUUGUUUUCCAAAAUGCUUGGAAAAUAGAAGUAGAAAAAUAGUUACUGUUUUGCCUGACUUUUGUCUCCCCUUCCACUCUUAAACAGUCUUACGGAAAUGUAAGAAAGAAAUGAAAAGCAGCAAUUCUGGAUAAAACAUGCCACGAUAUUGCUGUUCAGUCCUGCCAAAUACUGCAGGCUCAUUGGGAUUCCAAAUGUACUUCUGUUCCAAUCAAAUCUCCCUUGCAUUUAGAUGUAGAUUGACUGUAGAUCUACUUUGUCUGGGAAGUCUGGCUGUGUUUUUUAACUAACGUAAAUAAAACACCUUUGAUUACUGUAGGAUGUCUUGUUUACUUGGGCCUUUGUGUAAGGGUUGCUCAAGUCUCUUAGAAGUGGAAGACCUAAAAUUUAGAUCCUAGAUCAGUAAGAUCAAAUAGGUAAAAUUCUAAUAGUAAGCCUGGAAAGUUAAACCCACUAAUUCCUAGUGUGAUCACUUUUCUCUACUCUACAUGCAUGUGUUAGGUGAGGGCGGGACUGCAAUGCCAGUGUGCUAAUCAGCGUCCUCUAUUGCUGUCCUGUUGUUGCUGGCUUGCAGAGCUGGAUGGAGAAGCCUUCUGGGGGUUUGGAUUCCAAAGUUAACAAAAUAGGCAUCAAAAGUAGCUGGUAUGUGAAUAUUGCAUCCUUUGCUUUCAUAGAGCACACCUCUGCUGGAAGCUUUUAUUUCCAUAGGAGCAAAUGGUCGGGGUAACACAAAGUCUCUAUUUUGGAGUCAGGAGCUUACUUUUCUUCAGUGGCGAUGUAGGGAGUCUGGUAUUAAGAGUUGAAAUGGCGACUGCAAAUGCUUCUCAUUUGUAGCUUUUGCUAGCUCCUGAAGGCAAUAUCAAGGUGACGGAUGAUUUGUGAUUCCACACGCUCCCUGAGCAGAGAAAUGUAUUAACGACAUUGUUUAUGCAGCAGUGAAAGUCACGGGUCAACUGUUACUGUGAGAUCAAGGGGAGAGAAUCUGUACUUUGGCUUUUAAGGAGCAAGCCUCUGUGAGCUAUGUUUCAUUUUACCUAUAGCUUUCAUCUGUAAAGGUUUUCAGGCAUUACCUCUGUAUUGCUUUAAUACUCCCCUUUACAAAAACAAGGAUCUUCUCUUCUAGUUCUCCCGGCAUUCAAGGCCUGUGCUUUAAUGCUAUGUAGAGAGUCACUAUUAGCCAUUGCUUGGGAUUGAAAUGCAAAGAACAUCAAUAUCCUUUCAGUGGAAAAUGCUGCAAGGAGUGUGCCCCUGUUUGGGCAAGUUGCUUUGCUCACAAACCUUGUCAUCCUAGCACAUCAGACAGAACUUCUGUGUAAGUACUGUGUAUCAUACAGGUUGGAAUUUGUGGGUGCAAGCAUUCAGAGCUUGUUUCUAAAUGCAAUGUGUGAUACACACGUAACUGUUCGGAACACUAACAAAUGCCUGCAUUACAUCUUGCACUGUGUCUCACUGUUUAGGAAAUGGAGCUAGUAACAUCUUUGAUGUUGGGUGCCAGUACAAAUGCAUAUCAAAAUACAACUGCGUUCUUUCAUGCCUAAUGGUCUUUCAGAAUGCCAACAGAAAGAUACUAGAAACAUUUAUUCUUGACUGCUUCGCUAAUGAAUUUUAUGCAAACCUGAGCAGGCCGUUGCCAUCUUUUGUAUCUGUUUGGGAUUACUUUGGGUUGAAAUGCAUGAUUUAUCUUGUAAGCGAAGGCAGGAUCUGUCAUAAAGCCAUUGUAUUACACCAGAGAUCAGACCUAUUGCUACGCUGAAAACCUGCUUUUUUUCCUAACUGACAUUGGCUGCAGAUUGUGAUGUCUAAACCAUAUGAAAAGGUGGUCUGGAGAAGUGAUAUUUGGAAUCCACUUGGAGAAUCAUUUGGGGCAUUGCCUCAAUGCUCAGCAAGUCAUCAGGCCCCUGAGAGCCCAUUUUAGCUGCUUAAUUUACAGUGAUGCUAUGGGUUAAAACUUCUAGGGAUUCUGGCAUGUCUAAAUCUGCUGAAUGUUUUCAGCCAGAGUUGUGAGUGGAACUGUCACUUUCUGGGCACUCUUUCAUUCUAAUACAUGAAAAUGAAGAGGGUUUCCUUCUGGUAACAAUCAGUUCCUCCUUCUACGUGGUCUUUGUUUUAGGUGAAAGAAUGAGAAGCCGAUGCACUGCAACAACAGACACGGUCUGCGCCCCCUGUCAAGACGAAUACUUUAGUAGUGAGCACAACCACAACUUCUGCAAGAGUUGUACAAUCUGCAACACUAGGAAGGGAAGCGUGGAAGUGAAGAAGUGUGAGAAGACCUCUGACAGAAUUUGCAUGUGUGUUGCAGGUUACAUGCCAGAUGUCAGAUAUACACUGGGAAGCAAGUGCUCACUAUGCCCUGAAGGGUUUUAUUCCAUAGGGGGAAAUGAAAACUGUCGACCUUGGACCAACUGCAGCCUUCUUGGGAAAAAUACUCUUCGACCGGGGACAAAAACAGAUGAUGCUGUUUGCAGCAACCAUGUCACACAGCCAGCUACCUCUCAGAGUGCCACACCUGCUGUGAAUCUCUCCACCACUGACCACAAGAAUAAUAAGUCAACUGCAGCAUUCUCACCAUCCAGACCCAGCGUGAUUCCUUUCAUUUGCCCGGAUACAAACCGCCCCACAGAGACUAACUGGGGGUCUUUAUCACUUAUCCUUAUUUGUCUGAUAUUGCUCAUGGUGAGUGGAAUGUCCAUACUCUUGUUGAUUAUCCAAGCAGCCAAAAAAGAGACUAAGAAGAGGCCUUGUAGAAACAACCAUCAGAGAGACAACAGCACAUGUCCAAGUAUUGAGGACCAUGACUGCAAAUGUCGUCAGGGGUACAGCUGUAUUGAUAGUGCAUGUCUCUACUGCAAAAAACUUCCUGAAUGUGCGGAGGGCGAGGAGCUGGUUAAGAUCGGCAUUUUCGACUUCACAUUCAAAUGUAAACCAUGUGAGAUAGGAACCUAUUCUAAUGUGAAGAAUGGCUGGUGCCGUAACUGGACUGAUUGUGAAAGUUCUGGGUUUCUAACAAUCAAGCAAGGCAACAGUACACAUAAUGCAAUAUGUGGUUUCCCUGCUAAAGGUUUGGAGCAAGCUCCUACUGCAAAUUACUCUCUAUAUACCACCAUCCUGGCCAUCCUUACUGCAGUGGCUGUAUUUGUUCUCAUCUUGCUGACCUUCUUCUUGCAUUUGUGCAUAUGGUCACUGAAGAAAGAAAAAUACCACACAGCUGACUACCUGGAACAUAACUUCCCUAGGCUGCCGGUGGCUCCGCAACUGUCACACCAUAAAGAAGAGACUUACAGCUGCCAGUUUCCAGAAGAAGAACAUGGAGACAAAACACCAGAAGAAAAGCCUUGCUAUUUCCACCCUCAGAGUCUACAAUGAAAACAGAUGAAUUGCAAUGUGCUGUGAGAAUGGGGAGCUGAGCUCAGCUUUUGAAAAAAAAAAAAAAAAAGGGAGGGCCUGGCUGCAUAAAGCAUCGUCAUAUACAUAGCAAUAAGGAAUGGGUUUGGGAGGAGUUUCGCUUUGUUUCUUCUCAACAAACCUAGCAUUUAGAAGCAGAACAACUGCGAAGUCAGGCUGACAUUCAGUUCAGCUGCAUUGCAUUAUUGCAAGUUUCCUGGGUUGUUGGGGUUUUUUUUUCAUUGAUGCUCUUUUCAACUUUGUUUGGGACCAGGGAUCUUUUUUGUCAUUAUUCCCCUUUGCAUCUUCUGCACAUAUCUCUGUAGUGCUCCCACAGAUUGAUAUGUGCAUAGAAGGCAUCAAUCCCUUCAGUACUACAGGAAAUACAGUAGUACCUAUAGGGCACUCACAGCUUUCGCAGGCUGUCUGUAUUUCCAAGAUGUGUCCUGAUGCUCAUAUUACAGGAAUAAGGCAAUAAGGCAUUGUUCCUAGGAACCAUAUCUACUAAUCUUCUCCAAGCAGACAGUCCUUUUCACUCCUGCCAAAUUGCCCUCUUUGUUACACAGCAAAGGGCCAUUACUCUUAAUCCGUUAAAUACUCCUCUCCAAUCCCAACAGAAGGUUUUGGUUAGGCCAGUUUCAUUGCACAGAGGUGCCACUCUGAGACUGCCAUGGUCACAUCAUUUGUGCUUGCAGAGAUUUUUCUAUGCAAGUUCUGUGAUGCCUUCAUGUCCCCCAGGGAAACUAGGGGAAGAAGGGGGUAACAUUUAUCCUCCUUCUCUUCUGUAACUCGGCAAUCCUUGGUAUCUGGAAUACCGGAUUACAAAAGGGAGACUUCUGAAAGGCUCAAAUGAGGAUCACGCUGUCUAGAGAAACAUUUUGUUUAAUGCUCUCUUCUCACCUAGUUUGUAGAGUCGGAAAAGACAGUGAAAAACAGAGAAAAGCUCAACAUUUAUUCUUGAUGGUUUUUCUCCCCACCCCAGAAGAAAAAGAACCAGAGCGUCUGCUGGUGUAUACCAGCAUAGCUCCAGUCACUUGAUCAUCAGCUGAAAGAUGUUGCCCUUACUGAAAAUUGUACCAUGGAGGAUUUUUUUUUAAUGUUAGAUUAGUGCUCCUCCAGUUUCAUAGUGCUCUAACAUGACUAGAAUUAACUGUUUUGCCUCAAUUUAAAGGGGCAGGAUUUCAGCUGGAGUUGGUUGCUUUCUGUGACUUGACACUGAUUUCAAAUAAGAAUCUAGCCUGUGGCUUCAACUAGUUAAAACUCGCGUGUCUUUUUUAUAUAAUUAUUUUUGUGUUAUGUGACUGCAAUAACAGAUUCAAAGCUCUGGAUGCCUUCUGGUUUGGCCUUCUGGUGAAAGCUGCUUGGAGUAGACUCCUUUAUGACCAAAUCAGCUCUGGGCAAAACUGAGUUUUGACUCAGCCUUCACAUGAAAGGUUGUAAAUAUCUCUCAGAACAGCCAUUACAUCAGUUUCUUCAUGAUUUCUCACAGAUAACAUAAACAGUACAGGGCUUCUAAAUUAAAUCCUAACAGAGUAAUGAAAUUUCUGUUAAUCACUUUACUAAAUACUCAGAGGGGAUUAUUCCAAGUCUGAAUGACAUGAUGUUUUCAGUAGGGCUCUGUGAAAUUACCAUAGCUGUGGAGCAGAAGUUAUUGCCUCCACAGAUGUGUGUUGCAAAAGCACUUGAACAGAGAAUCCUAAGAAGUGGGACAGGUGAUUACCUUGGUAAGCUAGUCACAUAGCCUCUGUGCUCCAAGGCAGGCUUGGUGAGACUGGAUAACCACCUACCUGUUACACUUUCAUGGAGGUGAGUCCAUGAACUCUCUAGGCAAUCCAGUCCAGUGACUCAUUUCAAGUCAGAGAAGGAGAGAGAUUUUGUUAGUUAAAAUUUGUAUUAUCCAUUAUGAUUAUGAGGAGUAAUUGACUCUUCAGCAUCUUUUUAAGCAUUCAUAAACUAUCAUCUCUCCUUGGUUUCUCUAGGCUCUUACCCUACUUCACAGGUUGUGGUUUCUAGGCCUCUUAGUCUCUCUCUCUCUCUAAACUCUUUCCCGUUGGUCUUUCUUGAAGCCUUCCCUGGAGGAGUUCUUGGCAAGCCUGCCUAGUGCGGAAGGAUUAACUUUAUGAUUCAUGGACAUGGUUUUAUUGCUGAACAUUUCUUCAGUGAUUAUGUCAAGAGGAGUUAUCCUAUCUUUUUUGCUUUUUGUGUGUGUGUGCAUUAUAGAAUCUUGUAACUGGGCGAAAUAAUUGUAAAGGAAAAUGAAGUGCAAAGGGUUGUCCUUAUUCACUAUAACGUACUCCUCCAUAGUCCUAGUUUUAAUCUUGUAGCUUCUCUGUUACUGUGUUUACUGCAACUGAGAUCCCUAUACCUUAGCUUCCCCUUCACGUAGAAUGGGAGCAGUGAUACUUCGCAACCCUAAAAGGAUGUUGUGAGACAUAAUUAGUAAUUUCAAUGUAUUUUUGCCUUCUUUGAUCCUCUUACUAUUAAUUCUUGUGUUACUGAUAAUUUUUCCGUUAGGUAUUCCUAUGUGAAAUUCACUUAAAAAGAGUGAGUUUUCCUCCAUUGCUCUGGGAAAUGUGCAGAUUCUUAAUUGAGGUCAACUGGAGAUUCAGCCAAGGAAAGGUGAAAGCAUUGGAUUGGAUUAAAUAGGAUAACUUAAAGUAUAAGACUGUCUCUGCCUUGUAAGCAGUUUCGCUGUGGGAUUUAAUAAUCUCAGAAGUCCAAAUACUGGCUAGUAAAGACACUUCUUACUGCUCCUUCUAUGUUGGCCAUGUUUAUUCUUGGCUCUGUAUUCAUCCUUCUUGGUUUUUUAAUGUUUUCAACAAGAUUUCUGAUUGUGACCUUUUGUAAAGGUAAAAUAAACUUGAAAAUAGAA